GAGCAUGCGCGUUUCUGCGACUGUAGUAUUAUUAUUGAGCCGAGCAAUAUGUAAACUGCGCAGGGGGAUGGCCUGUCAUGAAAUAUUGGACUGCAAGCCCAUGGGUGGGUUUACAGAGAAAUGCAUGACGGUGCAAAUUAAGAAGGAACUUAUCUGACUGACACUAUAUGCUCUGCCUUAAAAGCUUCACUCGGCUUUCUUCUGAUCGCUGUUGAAGCGCGACAGCAGCAGCGGCGGCGGCUGGCCAGCGGUGCUGGAAGAUACCGGCCGGUGUGUUGACUUCUGCAGAGACUGUCGCGUUUCACGUCACCUUCUAAAUGAAUUGUAUUGUAGUUAUGUAAGUGGCUUUACAAGACUGACUGAUAAAAGUGAAAAUGAGCGCCGCGGUUUAUGUUUUAUCCACGGUUACCGGAUACGUGCUUACCUCGGCGUUACUGCUCAAGUGUCCGUCACUGCUGCAUCGGCGAAAGAAAGAAACCUUCCGGAGCAGACACAUCUCACACCGCGGUGGAGCUGGCGAGAACUUGGAGAACACAAUGGCAGCCUUCAAGCAUGCUGUUCAACUGGGCACUGAUAUGUUGGAGCUGGACUGUCACUUGACCAGUGAUGAGCAGGUGGUGGUGCUGCACGAUUCCAACCUAAAGCGGUCGACUGGCAUUAACACAUACGUUUCGGAUGUGGCUUAUGCUGAUCUUCCACCAUAUCUUUGUAAGCUUGGGGUGACUUUCAAACGAGAGUGCUACUGUGAAGGAGGAGAUGACAAACGCAUCCCUCUGCUGAGAGACGUGUUUGAAGCCUUCCCAAACACCCCGGUAAACAUCGAUAUCAAGGUCAACAAUGACAUUCUAAUCAAGAAGGUGUCCGAGCUGGUUGUGCAAUACAACAGGGAGCAUCUGACCGUCUGGGGAAACUCCAGCAACGAAAUUGUUAAGAAAUGUAACAAAGAGAACCCACAAAUCCCAAUCCUGUUCAGUUUGCACAGAGUCCUGCUGUUACUCGGUCUUUUCUAUACAGGCCUUCUGCCCUUCGUCCCGCUUAAGGAACAAUUCCUAGAGAUUCCCAUGCCUUCAAUAAUUUCCAAACUCCGAGAUCCUGAGCAUCAGACACGGAGUCAGCGUUUCAUAACAUGGCUGGCAGACACGCUUCUCAUGAGAAAAGCAUUAUUCGAUCAUCUGACGAGCAGAGGAAUACAGGUGUAUAUCUGGGUGUUGAACGACGAGGAAGACUUUAAACGUGCCUUUGACCUUGGGGCUACAGGGAUUAUGACAGACUAUCCCACCAAGCUAAAGGAGUUCAUGGAGAAAAACAACUACACUACCACUCUUAAAUAAGACUUAUCGGCCAAAGUAAACGAUCAAUAUGCUUUUUCACUGAUCUUUGGCUUUUGAACGGGCCUUUUAAUUACUCAACAUUUUUUGAUGUUAAUACCUGUGAGUGUAGAAGUGGCAGCUAUCAGUUCUGCAUUCACAUACAAUCAGCAUCAGAGCCAUUUUAAACCAAACAAGAAGUCAUGAAAUCGUUCUGUAGCUUUAAGUUCAUAGCAAUACACAUUAUCCAUAAAAAGCUGGAGGAUUCAUAAUGAAUUAUCAGUCAUGUGGGGGUGAUGUCAUGAACAUUUGACCAUGACAUUUCUGUGACGUUUACUCUACAGGCACUUUCAUUAUAUUGUUAUUACAGUGUGAGGAUGUAAAUCCCACAAGUACUUGCUGUGCAUCAGUUUCUGCAAUAACAUUGAACUCACUAGAGUUAAUCGUCUAAAUGAUGAGACCGAAGCUUCUGAAGUUUUUUCAAGGCACUAAAAAUAAAUACUAGUUCCAGGGGUGAUCUAUGGGAUUUUUGAGAGACCAAUAAUCAGAAGGCAUUAGAUAUUUUCAUGUUUACUGUCUGGUUUGAUUUGUCAUGUGUAUAUUUUGUUUUUGUAAAUUUGUUUCUUUUGACAAUAAGAGAUUAUGUCAGUUUUGAGAUGAGCUGUGGCUUGCUUGAACUGUUAAGUGUAGUUUAAUAUAUGGCCAGUCAGAAGAUUUGACACACCAAGUCAAAGUUCAUUAUUACUAUGUCAACCUGACGACGCCAUAAUAUUAAAGUAAUCAAGAAUUAUUGAGGUAUGGAAAUUAUGUACCAUUAAAACAUGCAAAACAAGUCAAAACUCAUAUUUGAGCUUUCUCAAAACCUACUUCUGCUUUUCCUUUAAUAUCUAUUCCAACUCAUCCAUAUAUAAUAAUGAAAUAAAUAUAAAAUUUACCAAACAAUUUCAUGUAUAAGGUAAGCUUAUAUUUGUCUUUUCAGGUUUUCAAGUUGUAGCCUUUAGUUCAAAAGGUUUUGUAAUCAUGAGAAACAAUGUCAGUCAAGUGUGUCCAAGCUUUUGACUGGUUGUGUAUAUUAUACGCUCAUGACAGACGUUGUAUUGGUGUAACUGGGUCACACAGUAUAGUGGUCAUGUGACAUUUGAAUGUACUUUUGGUAGGACAGGAAAAGAUUUUAACUUAAACAUGAUGGCGGUUUUAUGUUUUACUUUACUGUAAGGAACUGGUAAAGAAACCCCCCCCCCCUUUUGUGAAGUGUAUAUGGAUA